ACAUAUAGUGAACAAUAAACAAUCCCUUCCUACCAAAACACUGCUAACGAGCAUAUCUCACCUCAGUUUUUUGUGAACAAAAUUACAGAACCUAAGCCACCUUUUCCAAAUCAGUAGUGUUUCUUCUCUUUCAUUACAGCAAAUUCAUAUUUGUGUUAGCUCUCCAGAUAUGGGAUGCACAGCUUCAAAACGUGACGAUGAGGAAGCCAUGAGGCUUUGCAGGGACAGAAAGAACUUUAUAAAGCAGGCAAUGGAGCAAAGAAACAGGUUUGCUUCUGAUCAUAUUGCUUAUGCUCAGUCAUUAAGAAGAGUUUCAGCUGCUCUUAGUCAGUUUACAGAUACUGAUUGCGACCAUGACUUUUUCUUCACCUCAAACUUAAUUCCUAUAAAAUCACUAAAAUCAGAACAGAUAAAGCCUAAGAAGAGCCCUGCUAGCCUGGUUAAUUUCUUGAGAUUAGGUGGAAAUCCUUUAGUUUCUGUUGAGGAAGAGCCUGAAGCAGAAGAAACUGGAAGGAUAGAAAACUUCUAUUCCAUGGAUCAGCAUAGUGGGAUCAACAAUAUGCAGUGGGACCAACUAUGGAACCCUUUUCUCUCAUUGGAUUCUUAUGGGUACCCCUCAAGCUUUGGGAGAAUAAUAGAUGAUGAUGAUGAUGAUGUAGAUGGGCUUAGGCAGAUUAGAGAAGAAGAAGGAAUUCCUGAACUAGAAGAUGUGGAUGGUGAGGAAAAUAAAGAAAAUUUAAAGUUUUGGAAGGGUGAGAAAAAGAAUGAGAAGCCAAAAUCUGAAUCUAAGCAUGAUGGAGUAGAAACUAGUGAGAAAGUGCCAGAAUUAGAGAAUAAGUCACCAGGUUCAGAAAGUACCGCAGAAUCAGAAACUGGAGGUACAGUGAAUCUCGAAACACCUAAUCGAAGAAAAUUGGGAGGAGCAAAUGGUGUAGAAGAAACUCCAGGUUACACUGUAUAUGUGAACAGAAGGCCGGCGAGCAUGGCAGAGGCCAUGAAAGAUAUCGAGAACCAGUUCAUGAGAAUCUGUGAUUCUGCCCGUGAGGUUUCGGUAAUCCUAGAAGCAAGCAGAGUUCGAAAUUCUACUGUUUCAAGUGAGCUAGCAGCAACAGCAAGGAUGAUGAACCCAGUUACUUUUGUUCGUCCAUCAACAUCAAAAAUCGGGCAAUCCUCUUCUAGUUCAAAGGAGGACAACAAUGGCCUCUACUGCAUGAUCCCAGUAAGCCAUAAAGCCACUCUGGAUAGACUAUAUGAAUGGGAGAAAAAGUUGUAUGAAGAAGUAAAGGCUGGAGAAUGGGUGCGAGUCGAAUAUGAAAGGAAAUGCGAGCAGCUGAGUCAUCAUGACAUUUAUGGAGAGGAACCGUCUGCCGUAGAACGAACAAUAGUAGCCAUAAGAGAACUUCACACCCACGUUAAAGUUCAUAUUCGUACAGUAGAAUCAAUUUCUAAAAGGAUUGAAGCAUUGAGGGAUGCAGAAUUGUGUCCUCAGCUUAUGAAGCUAAUCCAAGG